AUGCGGCAGCUCCGUUUCGCAGCAGGCUGGACCAUGGCAGAGAGGAUGCUCGCGGAUGACGCAGAAGGAGACGUGUUGGCAAUCUUCGACGCUGUUUACGCGACGAAGGUAAAGAGGGAUAUCCGCUCUGGAAACACACGCACAUUUCAAGUACUUGCAGCCACCGGCUACAACAGAUCCCCUAUUGAGCUGAGACUACAAUCUUUCACAGCAUCGCUAAUCAAAGUGCUGAAACAAUCGGUGAAUGUGGAGUGGGACGAGCCCUCAAUAACCAUUUACAAGCUAGGAGAAAUGAUCGACAGGCAAGAGGAACCACCGGAGACCCCAUGCCUCAUUCACACUAUCCUCAAAGGAAGCCAACAGUGUAUCAGUCUUGGGCCGCUAGCCCCGCGACCACAGGAUCGACUCGAAUUUGGAGCACUGGCGAGCGAGCGGUGGAAGCACGCUACGCUUGUCGUGCGUGCAAUCGUCAAGUUACGCCGUCGGGCUGUUCGGAGUCUUGCAAGAAGGCGGUGGAAACGCGCCAUGCUUGCCGUGCGUACAGUCGUCAGAUGGAGAAUCUAUAUACAGCAGCGUGACCGGCUUGCUCCGCGCCUUACUCAAGAAGCGGAAGAGAAGGCACGCGAGGAGGAGAAGAAGAAGGAGCGGGAGAGGAUAAGAACUGAGAAUGAGGAGUGGGAGAGGCGCAGACGGUAG